AUGACAGAAGUUGCUGUACAAGAAGAAAAGGUAUGUGACUUUUACGUUUUAUUAGUUUUCGACCAUCAUUCGCUUAUUAUUCUGGUAUAAUAAAAGUUUGCAGACAAUCGAGCGGCCUCCAAAGGCAAAACAUCCUCUGCGACACAAAUGGGCCUUCUGGUUCUUGAAAGGAGACAGAUCCAAAGAAUGGGAGGACUGUCUUAAGAAAGUUGUUGUCAUAGAGACUGUGGAAGACUUCUGGGCGUAAGUUUCUUUAGUUAUUAUCUACUUUUACAUUUAGGUUCUAUCUUCGAAUCAUUCCUGCUUCUGAUUUAACUUUUGGAAGUGAUUAUUACCUAUUCAAAGAUGGAAUCAAGCCUAUGUGGGAAGAUCCAAAGAAUGUGAAAGGUGGAAGAUGGAUGGUUGUCAUUCAUAAAGAUCAGAGGGCCACCAAACUAGAUGAAUUAUGGUUGGAGAUCAUGAUGGACAUCAUUGGAGAAAGGUUUGAAGGUCAUGGAGACUUUAUUUGUGGAGCUGCUGUUAAUGUACGGCAAAAAGGCGACAAGGUAUAAAUAUUGUUCUGUGUUAUUUUCUGCUGUUCUUGGCAAAGGUGUAUGGCACAUAAGCAAUCUUUCGACUUAGUUACUGCAUUGUUAUUUAAGCUUACAGUAAAUUUUUAGAUUGCUCUGUGGACGUCAGACGCUUCCCUCGACGAUGUGAACAGACGAAUUGGGAUGAUUUUGAAGAACAAGCUGGCGUUGGACGAUAACAUCAGAUACGAAGUUCACAAGGAUGCUUCUGCUAGAACUGGGUCGGUGGUACGUCCAAAGAUUGUCAUUGCCAAAGACAACAAAGAAGUGCCAAGCAAGAAGUUGGAAUUGUCGACCUGA